AUGGGCGGCCCCAGGUCCCACGAGAGCGCCCGCCUUUCAGGUCCGCAGCCCAAGUCGCGCAAGAAGACGAUGGAGCAUCCCGAGCUCGCAAAGGAGCGCGAGUUCUACCGCUACUAUCCGCAACGCACUACUUCCGCCGAGGGCCUCAGCCGACAGCCCUCGCCCUCGCCUACACCUACCAACGCACAUGCACACACGCAUGCACCCACACAUACACCCACACACCCACACCCACACCCACAAGCUCAUGGCCACGACACGCCCCCUCAGCCGCUCCCUCCCAGCAAUGGACUUGGAAUCGCCGCCGACAGCGACCCGCAGCCCUCCGAGGACAAGGCCUUGACCGCUUUUGCGCAGCUGGGAGCUCUGCGCCUCAACGCUCGCAGAUGUCUCAUCUCCUUCUUCGACCGCCGCAACUGCUACAUCCUGGCCGAGGCCACCAGGACCACGUCCUUGCACACCGGCCAGCCCGAAUUCCACGAGGACAGCCUGCACUGGGGGAACACCAUCUUUCCCAAAGAACACAGCAUCUGUUACUACACCGUCAACCUGACCACGGAUCGCCCCGGCCUGCCCUUCGAUGACUCCACCGGCAUUCCUUCCCUGGUCGUCAACGACCUGGCCGCAGACCGCCGCUUCCACGCCUAUCCAUCCGUCAAGGGUUUCCCCAACUCCCGUUUCUAUGCAGGCGUGCCCAUUCGCAGCCCAAGUGGGCACAACAUUGGCACCUACUGUGUUCUAGACGACAAGCCCCGCCAAGGCCUCUCCGCACACCAACUCGACUUUCUCAAAGACAUGGCCGGCACAGUCAUGCGACACCUGGAGAUGACAAGGGCGACCGAGGACCACCGCAGGGGAAAGAUCAUGGUCAAGAGCUUGGGCUCCUUCGCAGAGGGCAAAAGUGGGCUGGAGAACUGGUGGCAGGACCCCUGGGACACCCCGCUGUCGGCUGGCUUGUCUGAGACGCCUCUUCAACGACAACGGCCCAUUGUCCUAUCGAACGCUGACAGGGAGCCCUUCAUCAUGGACGGAAACGAUAGUGUCAUUUCGAGCAUCAAAAGCCCCGCAAACACAGACACGUCCAGCAUCCGCCCCAGGAGCAACGUCGUUACACCUGCUUCCGAACUCGGCCCGGAUCCACGGGCACCAGAGACAGCGACCAAAACCUCUUCUUCUUCGCACAACGACCAGAAGAGCAAGAUUGCCCCCGAGGUUCAAGCGGCUUUUAGCAGGGCCUCAACCAUGAUUGUCGAUGCGAUUGAAGCUGACGGCGUCGCUUUCUUCGACGCCAAAAUCAGUACCUUUGGCGGGCUUGUGGACGAUGACUUCUUUUCUGAGCAGCUACCAGAACCUGACAAGCCUUGUGUUCUGUUGGGUUCCGCCUUGAGCAAAAACAACAAAGACACAACAAGGUCCUCCGACAUGCACUACGCCAUGUCGGAAAGCGUACUGCGGCAUUUGCUUCGAUCCUACUCACAUGGCCAGAUCUUCAACUUCGAUGACGACGCCACGACCCCGGCAAUCAACUCCCCCUCAGGGAACGGGGAGGUGGAGGUAUCGGAUGGCUUUCCAUUCAAUGUUUCACGAAAGUCCGAGUCUACCAGAAGUCAGGACGACGAAAACUUCCUUCGGAGCGCAUUUCCAAAGGCAAAGAGCCUAGUGCUGUACCCGUUGUGGGACUCGCAUCGCGAUCGAUGGUAUGCUAGCGCCGUCAUCUGGAGCUCCGACCCUAUGCGUGUCUUCACCAGCGAACAGGAGCUGAGCUUCCUUGCCGCAUUCAGCAACUCAGUCAUGGCUGAGGUGGCUCGACUGGAUACCAAGCUAGCAGAUGCUGCAAAGGCCGACUUCAUCUCCUCAAUCAGCCACGAGCUUCGUUCUCCACUUCACGGCAUUCUGGGUAUGAUCGACUUGCUCAAAGACACGGCCAUCGACAGCCAGCAGAACAGCCAUGUGCAAACGAUCGAAACGUGUGGAAAGACGCUGCUGGAAACCAUCAACCACGUGCUGGAUUUUGCCAAGAUCAACAACCUUACGCGCGGAACAUUGAAGAAGUCAAAGAAACGUACGCAGAGCACCAAACACACCAUUAGUCCUGGCCAAGGUCACACGAACGAUAUCAUGACGUUGAUCAACGACGUUGAUAUGAGUGUCCUCGCAGAAGAUGUCGUCGAGAGUGUUUUCGCUGGCUACACAUAUGCAAAGACAUCUGCUCAAACAUACGAACUCCACUACCACAAGGCCGAAGCCCCUCCGAUGACGCUCAUUCUAGACAUUAACCAGAGCGAGAACUAUGUUUUCCGUACACAACCCGGCGCAUGGCGGCGUGUCAUCAUGAACUUGUUCGGAAACGCCCUCAAGUAUACCCCUGCCGGUUACAUCAAGGUUAAGCUCCAAGUGAUGCCAAGGACCAGCACUGCGGAAGAGUACCGCGACUUCCGCUUCACAGUCACUGAUAGUGGCAUUGGCAUGUCCGAGGACUACAUCAACAACAGGCUGUUCCACUCUUUUGCGCAAGAAAACCCUCUAAGCCAGGGAACGGGUCUUGGUCUGAGCAUUGUGAAGCAGAUUGUGGAAUCUCUGGGUGGUGAGGUUGAAGUGACAAGUGAGAAGGGCCGAGGAACCAAGUUCACAGUCUCCUGCCCACUCAAGGAAUCUGUCAUGUCGCCAUCGUUCUGCCCCACAGAGCUCGAGCAAGGGAAGGAGAGACAUUUGCGGGAGAUUGGCAAGCGCACGAAGGGUAUGAAUGUGUGCUUCAAGGGCUUUGACGAAGAGGAAGAGUACUUUGUGAAGAGCCUGAAGGGAAAGACUGCUAGCAAAUUGUCCAUGAAAGCGCUCGACAGUCUUUGCGCGGAAUGGUUUGGGAUGAAGACAUGUGCCAAUGGACCCUGUGCCGCGGCGCCAGAUCUCAUCAUCGCUACCGAAUCUGUCGCAAAGGUACUGCGCGCUCAAAACAGUCGGGGGCCCAACAAAGCCAACCACCCACCAGUCAUCGUCGUUUGCCAGGGUGCAGCGUCUGCUCAGUCGACUACUGCCAUCACGGUGCCUGGAGUCAUCUUUGAGUGCAUCGGCCAGCCCGUUGGACCGCACAAGAUGGCAAAAGCGUUGUCGUCCUGUCUUGAUCGACACGCAAACCGGCUGAUCGAUCAGGUGCACGACACCGAGGCGACACUACAGAAGGUCUCUCAGCUUAGCUUGAAAGAGAAUACGCCACCCCAGAGUCCAGACAUCUUCACACGACUCAUCGAAGGAGCUCGGCCAGCACUCACGUCAACGAACAGUGCUCCUGAAAUACGGUCAGUCAGCUCAAGCCCGGUCAAAAAGUCAAUCUACUCUACACCUGCACGGCCUUUGAAUUGUUUGGCCGUUGAUGACAACCCAAUCAACCUACGCCUCUUGCGGACGUUCAUUGACAAGCUCGGACACCGUCAUGUUCUUGCUGUGAAUGGUCUGGAGGCCCUCGAUACGUACAAAUCGGCGCAGGACCAGUCACUAAUUACUGGAUCGGCCACUCAGGCUCACGCCGCACCCGCCAAGGCCGCUGUCGCCAACAUGACUGCUCGUAUUGACGUCAUCCUGAUGGAUAUCAACAUGCCGGAGAUGGACGGCCUGGAAGCGACUCGCCAAAUUCGUGCACACGAGAUUCGGAAUGGCCUCUCGCCUGUGACGAUCAUUGCCCUCACUGGUGUGGCGAGUACAGAAACGCAGCAAGAGGCCAACUCGAGCGGUGUCAAUCUGUUCUUAAUCAAACCCGUGCGACUGGCGGACCUGGAAGUCGUGCUCAAUGGCGUGGUCACCGGACAGGAAAACGCCGAGCAUGAGAAGAGGGAGGAAAGAGAGAAAGUGAAAGAGAAUCAGACGCAGACACCGCCAUUGUCACACUCCCGUAUGCAGUUGCUCCAACAGUCGCAGAUGAAGACACACACGCCCCAGAUACGCACAUCCAAGACACCGACAGAGCAGGGCGUAGCCAAGAGCGACGAGGACUACAGGGAGAGUUUCGUGACUGUGAAAGAAAUGAAAUGA